CUCGUACAUGAACGCGGCAUUUUUCUUGCUGACUUCAUAGCGGUGUUUCUUCCGGGAUCACCAUCAUUACUCGGCUACGGCGGUUCCCUUACUGGCAGCUAAUUAUUAACCUGUAUUUAAACUGACCUGAUUUAAUACAAUUCUCGACUGGACUACUGUUGGCCCGUCCGAAAUAUGAAGGGAAUGAAACUGCACCUCAUUUUGUUGCUGCUCUUCGCAUCUUUGUUUUGUGCAGAGACGGCCAGAAGCCGGAAAGAUUCCACCAACCAGAAUAGUUUCAGAAGGGCGGCUAACGGAUUCUACCAAAUGUUAAGCAAUAUUUUUGGAGAGGACAACAUCAGAGGUCUUUACAAGGUUAGUAAUGGUUGAUCAGCAAACCAUAUUUUCUGUCCAAUUAAGCUACAUGACAAAGAGGUGUCCAAAGAAAUGGUGGUAGUAGCUAGCAGGCAGGAAGAGAGCUUGCUAACCAAGGGCGCCCAGACGUCAUAUUCGUAAAUGGUUGCCAUUUUGAAAAUUGGCUUGCUUGCAAGAUAAGAUGGACAAGCCAAUAAGUAAUAUAUUUUGAGAUAUCAUUUUUAUGCUGCAGUACACAUUUGCAUGACUAUUUAUAGGUAGAAGAACCUGCGCUAAACUGACCCCAUCUCUGGCCAGGCAGAUGAUGCAGACACAGCCUUCAUGCACCUGACCUAGCUUAAAUUAUAUCAGAGAGGAAGAGGGUUUACUCCGCCCAAAAUCUGUCAACGUUAAGCAGAUCAUUAAUUUUAAGCAAGAGGAGUUUUUGUAUGGGGAGGAAAUGAGUGUCGAAUUUAGUAAAGAUGAAAAUGAAUUGCUAUUUUGAUACGCGAGGCUUAUUUUAUCUAAUAUAAGUUUCGUAAUGCUUAGGUUGUUACCAGGGGUGAAAGUAGAUUUAAUUGAUUCCUGGUACUAUGAUUAUGGUCCUAAUCAUAGAAUUACGUAAAGAAUCCCUAUUAAUUCAAUAGGCUCUCUGUGGGCCUAGUCGUAAACUUUUAAAAUGUAUUACCUUUUAUUGCGGCAUAAACACAACCAGUCAUGUUUUCAUCAGAUUGUCAAACAAUUACCUCAAAGGGCUCCUUUACUAGGCUACCUGCGCACCAUCAUCCACUCGCGACAUAUUUCCAGCCUCCAAACAGUGGGGAAUGGAGAAUAUUUUACACAAAACAUCAAAAAGUGUAGGCCUAAUGACAUUUGGCGAUUGUCAUUAAAACAGAAUUUAUGCAUCGCCUGCUGUCCGUGCGUCUCGGGGUGUCGUCCACUCAUCUGCCUUGGCAACAUUUCAGUGUUCUCUUGGAAUCGCAUCUCAUUUUGGAACAUAGGCUAGAGCACCCGUUUUCCAUUCGCUAAUCUUUCAUGCCUCUGACAUGUGGUAAUGGUGUAAUAGCUUACAGUUUCCUUGACAUGUUGUCUUAAUUAAUGUGAUAGGCUCAUGUUUUACCAGUAGGCGACCCCCACGAUUUCUUUUGGCCACUAUUUAUUUUGCCGGGACGCCUUACCGGACCUACCACUUUACUUUCACCGCUGGUUGUUACUAGUGUUUAAUGAUAUAGAUGUGAUGCACGUGACAUCCUGGCAAUUAAAAAACACAAUCUGAAUUGACCCUGUUGAAAUACGGGACUGUCUAACGUUAUGCAUAUUCACGAGGCUAGGAUAGCAUCUCAAUCUCCAUUCAAUACCGGCGGUUGACAUCAAAUUACGAUAUAAAUAUUUAUUUAUACACUAGAUGACUGGUAGGGGGCGCUGUGUUGAAGCCACUUGACUCCCCCCACUGUUAUAUAAAAAUAUUUUGGAAUCCAUAGAAAUGUGUUUAUUAAUGUCUACAUUAGUUUUUGCCUCGUAUGCUAUUACAGACACCUUAAUGCAUACUUUAACAUUAUAUUAUGUGAGCUAAACACAAAAAUGAAAAAAAAUGUUUUAAACCAUUUCCUUAAAGUGUAUAUAUAUUUUUUUAAAAGAUGACUAAUGUUACUGUCCCCACUACACCAAAACAAUACUUGAAUACAUAUAAUUUUAUCUUUGAAACAUUUAAUUUAAAUACUGUAUAAAUCCAACACGAAGCAAAGUCUUUGGUCCAAACCUUCUGUAUGUAAAAUAUUGUGUGCUAUAGUUUGGAAAAUAAAUAAAUAAAUGUGACUCUAGAUGACAACAUAAUUAUGUUUGUUUCCAACAUUAGGGCAGUUUGCCUAAAGAAGUAAAAUUUGCUUUGUGUUUUUGUUUACAUGCCACAACACAAACGAGGAUCUUAGUGCAUUUAUCAGCCAAAACAUAAUAUAAUAUUAUCCAAAGUGACUUACUGCCAUGCACGCAUACAUUUUACAUAUGGGUGGUCCCAGGAAUCGAACCCACUACCCUGAUGUUACAAGUGCCAUGCUCUACCAACUGAGAUAGAAAGGAGCACACGAGACAACCACCCUGUAUUCAAGAGCAUGUUGUGUCUCAACCGAUGGCGGGCACAACAAAAGCCUUAGAUGAAAUAUAGGGUCUAAACUACAAUUUAUGUAAUUAUGAAGAAAAAAAUAGGAGUCAACACAUUUUUAGAUAAUUGACGUUAAAGGUAAAACAAUAUAUAUAUAAAUAAAACAAUGUUCUCCAGAAAUUAGAAAAUUGUUUGACAACCCUGUUUGUAAGCUUUCAAAUGAUAUAAAUCUCAACCGUUUAUCUUUUCCAGUGAUGAAGACAUGGAUGUCUCAUGGUAUGGUGGGGUAUGCAAAAUGGGUCAACUUUGAGCACCUCUUGAAUGUUUUGGCAUUCAGUUCCAAAAAGAACAUUUACAAUGGGCAAAUAUGUAUGGAAGGUUUCGUUCAAAUCAAAAGGGCUGCUGUCAAGAAGUGAUUGAAUUCAAAUGUAUUUCCCCUAUAUGUCACCUCUUGCUUACAGUUCUUCUCCAAGACGACAGAACGCUUUGUCCAUGGUGUCGACUCUUUCCUGGACACUAUUUGGAAGAUAUGGACAGAUCUGUUGGAUGUUAUGGGCAUUGAUGGUAAGUCGAUUUUUUUAUUUAGUGGGUAUGUUCAAUGUCGGGACAUGUCUGUGAUAUGUUGUAAAUUAUGACUGGGUCUGGGAGGUUAGGCUAUCGUCUUCUGGUAUCCAUGUACAGUUCUAUACUCUCUCUGUGACUGUCACUUAUUCUCUCCCCAGCCUCCAACCUGAGUCACUACUUCAGCCCAACAUCUUUGACCAACUCCCCGGCUCGUGCCCUGCUCCUAGUGGCCGCUGUGUUGGUGGCUUACUGGUUCCUCUCGCUGUUUCUGGGGGGAUUCUUCUACCUGCUGCACGUCGUAUUUGGCCGUUUCUUCUGGCUGGUCCGAGUUACACUCUUUGCCCUCUCUUGCCUGUACAUCUUGCAGAAGUUUGAGGGGGACCCCGAGCGUGCUGUGCUCCCUCUCUGCUUCGUAAUGGCUGUGUACUUCAUGACGGGGCCUGUGGGGGCGUACUGGCGCAAAGGUGGCGGUACCGCCUCUCUGGAGGAGAAGAUCAACCACCUGGACACCCAGAUCCGCUUGCUCAACAUCCGGCUGAGCAGGGUGAUCGACAGCCUGGAGCGCGUCGGGGAGAAGUAGAGCUGGCCCCACGAACCCACCUCUGACAACGCCUGUAUUCAUAGGGUGGCUGGGGGUUUGGGUGUAUAAGGGUUUGGGCAGGAAGAUCUAUGCAGAUCGAGGCUUUCUGUUACGAGAAAGAGCUG